AUGAAGUUAGGCUUUGCUUUAUCAUUAUUGUUGCUUUUCAUCGGUUACUUCCGAGCAGAUUCUCAAGAUAUCCAUCAGUCCCUUAGAUCGAAUGCUCUUGAUUUAAUAAAUUCUAAAAAUGAACAUUCCUGUGGUGAGAACUGUGAACAAAAAAAAAAUAACAGAUCACUUCAAGAUAACACUAGUUCUAAUGACCAAAGUGGAUCAGUUGGGGAUAUAAUAUCGGACAAUAUGAACAAUCUUUAUAAAGAUUUGGCUACUCACGGUCAAGAAGAAGCAAAAAAUAAGUGGGAUUCUUUAAGUACUGGAGCAAAAGCUGGUAUUAUCAUUGCCGUAGUGGUUGUUGCAAUCAUCAUAAUUGCAGGAAUUAUUCACUGUUUAUGUAUUUGCAAACCUUGUUGUUGUUGCUAA